AUGCUGAAACUCAGUACCUCCAAGCUUCAGUACACUGAUAGGUCUCUAAGAGGUGACCUAGACGCAUUAGAGCGUGUAGCGUAUGAGUUCUGCGAGGACGAGUACUACGCAGGAGUGAUCUAUGCGGAAGUGCGUUACAGUCCAAGACUAGCAUUGGGGAACAAGGCUCUCCUUCAACUUGGCCCGAGUGCACUGGAUGAAGUUAUUGUGCGAAUUUCACAUGGUUUGGAACGUGGACUCAAGGACUUCGGUGUCAAAACCAAGCAGAUUUUAUGUGCUCGAUAUAGUGAAGAGUUCAAUGACCUUGUUGAAGUUCUUCAUCUGUGCCAGAAACAUUACGACAAGGGAGUUGUUGGCAUUGAUCUGCUUACUUUACAGCCUUCAGAAGGCGUUGUAGAUGAAGCUCCAUGUGUAGAGCCCAUCAUAUCAGUGUACAGAGAGGCGGCGCAGACAGGGGUUCACCGCACAAUCCAUGCUGCUGAGGUUGGCACAGCCACCGCAGUGGACAGGGCUGUGUACAAGCUUGGUAGUGAAAGGGUGGGACACGGGUACCAUGUGGUGGAGGACCCUAACAUUUACCAGAGAUGUAUAAAGGACCAAGUCCACUUUGAGUGUUGUCCCUACUCUAGCCUCAUGACAGGUUCCGUGAAUGCAUGGGGAGAGACACAUCCAAUUUGCAGGUUUGCCAGAGACGGUGCCAGUUUCUCCGUGAAUGCUGACGACCCUACAGUCACAGGUUACACAGUACUCCAGGACUACGAGCUACUGUCAUCCUGGGGCCUCAGCCUUCCACAGCUGACUAUGACGAGUAUCCACGCUUGCAAUUCCAGUUUUUUAAGUGAUAAUGAAAAGAAAGAAUUACUUCAUGAGCUGAAAACAUUUAAUCUGGCUACACCUGUUAAAGAACACAAUUCAGGCAUGUUCUGCCUUCUACAAUAACUCUUAUAGGCCUAUUGUAAAUAAUGUAUUGAGUAAUAAAAUUGAA